GCAAAAAGGUUCAGGUGCGUAAACCUGCACCAGGAGCUUCCGAUGCUGUUCCCUCCAGGAAGCGCCCAACGCCAGUCAACCUUGCCAGUGCAAUAAAGAGAGGCAAUAGUGCGAUUUCUCAGAGACCCUUCAAAGAUAGGGUUGUGCACUUACUGGCACUAAAGCCUUAUAAGAAACCUGAACUUAUUCUCAGAUUGCAGAAGGAUGGACUUUCUCAGCAGGACAAGGAUUUGCUGGACAACCUUCUGCAACAGGUGGCAAAUUUGAGUGCAAAGGACAGCACUUUCACCCUGAAAGAUGGCGUAUACAAAGAAGUGCAGAAGGACUGGCCUGGCUACUCUGAAGGAGAUCAGCAGUUGCUGAAGAGGAUACUUGUUCGGAAACUCUGUCAGCCACAGAACAGUGGUUUUCAAGGAGAAGCGCCUUCCCUGAGUCCACCAAAAGACAAUGUGAACUCCAGCUCUCCUCCUCAGAAACGAUCCCAACCUCUGGAGUUUAUCGAUCCCCUGGCCAACAAAAAGCCCAGGAUCUCGCAUUUGGCUCACAGAACUCAGCCCACUUUCAACGGGAAACUGAAUUCCUCCAACGGGAAGGACGUCCCUACCCCUGCCCCUGCCCUGCCGCCGGCUGUCCCGGAGUCAGUGAGCUCCAGCUCCAGCCUCCCGGUGCUGGAGCUGCCGAGGCCUCACGAUCCCCUUUCGGAUGUCAGCAAUGACCUGACUCACAAUGGCAGAGACUGUGAGAACCCGGAGACGGCUGACAGACUGACUCAUCCUUUGUCAACAGACUGUCCUCAAACGAGCAAGCACAAUUGCAGCUCGUAUGUAAAAACCAAGAAAAAAUCCAAAAAGCACAAAGACAAGGAAAAGGAGAGAAAGGAGAAGAAAAAUGAAGAGAAAUGCAAAGAGGAGAAGCAGGACUGUGAAGUAAUAAAAAAUGCUGACUUAGUUAGUGUUCCCCAGGAACAGGUCACAGGUUUAAAUGGAACAUGCAAUAAUUCUAGUGUACCAACAUCAACUUCAGAAAUGCCAGAUUAUUUAUUAAAAUAUGCAGCCAUUUCCUCUUCGGAGCAGCGUCAGAGUUACAAAAAUGACUUCAAUGCAGAAUACAACGAGUACAGAGACUUGCACGCUCGGAUAGAGAGGAUAACUCGACGGUUUACGCAGUUAGAUGCCAAGCUGAAGCAACUUUUGCAGGGCUCUGAAGAAUACAAGACCAUCCAUGAUCAAAUUUUACAGGAGUAUCGGAAAAUUAAAAAGACUAACCCCAAUUACAGCCAAGAGAAGAACCGCUGCGAAUACCUCCACAACAAACUGGCUCAUAUUAAAAAACUGAUAGCAGAGUAUGACCAACAGCAGUUUUAG